GCUGGUUGUCAUUUCACUCGGCUCGGUCCUGAGGAGAAGGACUCAGCCGCGGCUGCGGGACCCGAGCACCGGGAGGCGGCGGCGGCGGCGGCGGCGGCGCCCGCGGCGACAGCAGAGGAGGAAGAAGGAGAGAAGAAGAAGAGCCAGGCGGAGGCCGCCACGACGACAGCGGGCACUGCGGACCGGGGUAAAGCGACGCUGGCGGCGGCGGCGGCGGCGGCGACGACGGCGGCGGCCCAGCAACCGUGAGGAGAAACAAAAGCCUUCUAAAUUAUAGUUAAAAAAAAACAAAAAACCUUGGGGGAAAAAGAGCGAGAGCGCGCCACGGGGGGAAGGCCCUGCUCUCUUAACGCCACUAGCGGGGUUUUCCUUGCUUCCCUCCCUGCGGAGAAUCGAACUGAGAGAACCGAACAAACCGCCCCGGGGUCCCAUGAGGGAGCCACACCGCGGAGCCGCCGCGAGGGGAAGAGGCCGAGCCCGCAGGACCGUCCAGGUCGCCCCCGCGGUCCCCGCGCCCCCGGGCCGCCGGCUCGCCCUCGUGCGGUCUCGCUAGUCCCUGCCGAUCGCGACCCCCGCGGAGGGAGGAACGGGUGUUGCCAGCCCCUUUCAUGGGGGAGAGGAAGCCGGGGGGGAGCCCAGGAACAGCGACCGCAGCGAGACCCGCACCCACAGCCUCCGGGACAGCCCCCGAGGCCCAAGCUGCACCCCGCGGAGGAGCAGGCACGGGACCGGGAACGGCAGACACCUCCCUGCGGUCACCUUCCCAGUAGUCGAUGCUGACCUCCUCGCCCGCAACCAGGAAUUCACCGCCGCCCCAGAUACCCUAAUAUAAUCUAUCUAUCUAUAUAUAAAUAUAUAAUAUAUAAUGUUCUUAAAUUAUUCCCGAUUUUUUUAACCAAGCUGCCAAGAAAAGAACGUAUUCUCUCCCCCUCCCCCCACCCUUUUAGCCCUAUUCUAAUUUUUAUGUGAGUGAAUCUAAACUGCUGAGGAAGACCAUAUGUGAUUGUUAAAUUAUAUAUAUAUACACAUAUACAUAUAUAUAUUUUUUACUCCGCGCAAUGCUUAUUCUUCUACAUCCAUAGAUGCUUGAGAAGCUGUGUUUUUGUCAUUCAUGUAACACAUUUUCCUUUGGAAAAAAAGAAAGCGCCUAUUUUACUAACCAAAGACUUGGUUUUUACCCUCUUCGUUUUUAUUCCCUCCUAGAAAGAAGCCCCAUUUUGGAUGAAAUUUGGGUGUUUUUUUUUUUUAGUGUGUUUUUCUUUUCAGAGACCAGAAUUCCAAAUCAGAGCUAUUUAGGGUGAUAAGCUGCAAUCUUUGAGCUAGCUAUUAAUAAGACAUUUCAAACAAACAAAUAUUUUGGGUAGAGGAUACAAAGGCGUGAAACAUCAGGUUGUCGUGUUUUUUUAGUUUUUUAAUUUUUUGUUUUUUUUAUUAUUGUAAGAUUCUGCUCCUAAAAAAUAAUAAAUGGGGGAUUACGGGUUUGGAGUGCUAGUGCAAAGCAAUACUGGGAAUAAAUCUGCUUUUCCAGUCCGAUUCCACCCGCAUCUGCAGCCUCCACACCAUCACCAAAAUGCCACCCCCAGCCCUGCUGCUUUUAUAAAUAAUAACACAGCUGCCAAUGGCAGCAGUGCCGGCUCAGCCUGGCUCUUCCCUGCUCCGGCUGCCCACAACAUCCAGGAUGAGAUCUUGGGGUCAGAAAAAGCCAAAAGUCAGCAACAGGAGCAGCAAGACCCCCUGGAAAAGCAGCAGCUCUCCCCCAGCCCCGGUCAGGAAGCUGGAAUACUGCCUGACACGGAGAAGGCGAAAUCGGAAGAUAAUCAAGGGGACACUUCUUCAGAAAAUGGCAAUGGGAAGGAGAAGAUCAGAAUCGAGUCACCCGUGUUGACAGGGUUUGAUUAUCAAGAAGCUGCGGGGCUCGGUGCUUCCACCCAGCCCCUGACGUCCAGCGCCUCGUCUCUGACUGGCUUCAGUAACUGGUCAGCGGCCAUCGCGCCCUCCUCCUCUACAAUCAUCAACGAAGAUGCCAGUUUCUUUCACCAGGGAGGGGUCCCCGCUGCUUCGGCUAAUAACGGUGCUCUGUUGUUUCAGAAUUUCCCCCAUCAUGUCAGCCCUGGCUUCGGAGGCAGCUUCUCCCCGCAGAUCGGGCCUCUGUCCCAGCACCACCCUCAUCAUCCUCACUUCCAGCAUCAUCACAGCCAGCAUCAGCAGCAAAGGAGGUCUCCUGCCAGUCCCCACCCCCCACCUUUCACACAUAGAAAUGCUGCUUUUAACCAGCUGCCUCACUUGGCGAAUAAUCUUAACAAGCCCCCCUCUCCAUGGAGCAGCUACCAGAGCCCCUCUCCUACACCCUCUUCUUCCUGGAGCCCGGGCGGUGGCGGAUAUGGUGGCUGGGGAGGUUCCCAAGGCCGCGAUCACCGCCGAGGGCUGAACGGAGGAAUAACGCCCCUGAACUCCAUCUCGCCUUUGAAGAAAAAUUUUGCAAGCAAUCAUAUUCAGCUCCAGAAGUACGCUCGCCCCAGCUCUGCCUUUGCUCCUAAGUCCUGGAUGGAAGACAGCUUGAACAGGGCUGACAACAUUUUUCCUUUUCCGGAUCGCCCCAGGACAUUCGACAUGCACUCCCUGGAGAGCUCACUCAUUGACAUAAUGAGAGCUGAAAAUGAUUCGAUUAAAGGUCGUCUAAACUAUUCAUAUCCAGGAUCCGAUAGCUCUCUGCUUAUUAAUGCAAGGACAUAUGGGCGAAGGAGAGGUCAGUCUUCACUGUUUCCAAUGGAAGAUGGGUUUUUGGAUGAUGGCCGCGGGGAUCAACCUCUUCAUAGUGGCCUGGGUUCACCUCACUGCUUCACUCACCAGAAUGGAGAAAGAGUGGAGCGAUAUUCUCGCAAGGUGUUUGUGGGCGGAUUGCCUCCUGACAUCGAUGAAGAUGAGAUCACAGCUAGUUUCCGUCGCUUUGGCCCUUUAAUUGUGGAUUGGCCUCAUAAGGCAGAGAGCAAAUCCUAUUUUCCUCCUAAAGGCUAUGCAUUCCUGCUAUUUCAAGAUGAAAGCUCUGUCCAGGCUCUCAUUGAUGCGUGUAUUGAAGAAGAUGGGAAGCUCUACCUGUGUGUCUCAAGUCCCACUAUCAAAGACAAACCAGUACAGAUUCGGCCUUGGAACCUCAGUGACAGUGACUUUGUGAUGGAUGGUUCACAGCCUCUUGACCCACGAAAAACUAUAUUUGUUGGUGGUGUUCCUCGACCAUUACGGGCAGUGGAGCUUGCCAUGAUAAUGGAUCGGCUGUAUGGAGGUGUGUGCUAUGCUGGGAUCGAUACCGACCCUGAGCUGAAGUACCCAAAAGGAGCCGGGCGAGUCGCCUUCUCUAAUCAACAGAGUUACAUAGCUGCUAUCAGUGCCCGCUUUGUUCAGCUGCAGCAUGGAGAGAUAGAUAAACGGGUGGAAGUGAAGCCAUACGUCUUGGAUGAUCAGCUGUGUGAUGAAUGUCAGGGGGCCCGUUGCGGGGGAAAGUUUGCUCCAUUCUUCUGCGCUAACGUUACCUGUCUGCAGUAUUACUGUGAAUAUUGCUGGGCUGCUAUUCAUUCUCGUGCUGGCAGGGAGUUCCACAAGCCCCUGGUGAAGGAGGGCGGGGACCGUCCUCGGCAUAUCUCAUUCCGCUGGAACUAGAGAACGACAGUGCUCGUGUUCAGGCCUCAGAAUAAGUGCACUCUUCUGUUCAUUCUGCCCCUCCUCAGCCUCUUCACGCUGGCAUGCCCUCUGUAGCAGUCUCACUUCACAAUAGUAUAAUGAAAGAAUGGCCUAUACUAGAGGUGUUUUGUAGAUUCUUGUGUCACUGAAAACAAUAUGUAUGAGCUCCUUUUUCCUAUCGCCAUCAUGUUGCCUGGAAGUUUCAUACUCUUGCUGGAGAGCAAGAGGAUCCAUACUUCCCGCAACAUUUUCUUAGAGGAGAGAGAGAGAUUAAGAGAGAAAUGAAAUGAUAGAGUAUUUUGGGUUUUUAAUUAAAUUAUUGUUAAUAAUAUAACAUAUAAGAAUACUUUUAUUAAAAUAACCAUGCAACAAUAACACUAUUAGUCUAUCCUGACACAUUUUGUCUCCCGGGAAACGCUUCUGCCUUUUUCUUUCUUUUCUUUCGUCUUGUUGCCUCUCUCUGUUUCCAUCCCCUUUCUGUUCUUUUACAGGCAGGGGAGGAAGUUAACAAUUACUAACAGGAAAUAGCAUGUUAAAGCGAACGCAGAUGCAUGAGCAAGAUUGAAGCAGCCUCUCACUCAUUGAAGGGUUCAGAGGCCGAAUCUAAUUUCAUCCUGCCUCGGAGUUACUUCCACAUCAGAAGCAGUCAAGUAGGCAGAUCUAGGUUUAUUUUCUUUUAAACAAUUGUGAACAUGUAGAAUGUAAAAAUUGGGGAAAUUGACUACUGAGGGGAGUGCACUUAUUUAUUUUUAAACUUACUUAUCUGGUCACAGCCCUAGGAAACCUACCAAAGCUAGAGUUCACGACAACUGGUGGAAAAAGUAGCAUUUCCUCUCCCGAAGGACAAGUAGCUACAUUUUAUUUUUGAUGUUCUAGAUAAACUCUAUCCUAAUUUACUAACACUCAUCAGGUGUCAGCCUUUGCUCUCCAUUUUGACGUUACCUCAAGGAUGUCCUUUUGAUUUUGUGUUAAAAUACACUUGUAGCCAAAACUGGAAGACAAAAUCAAUACACUAAUUGGCUGCUGAUUGGCUUACUUUUAGAUUUAAAGUUACUCUGGGUAUCCUGUAAUUUAGUUGUAACAUAGAAAAUGAAAAAAAAAUUUAAAAAAAAAGUUGAGUAGUUGCAAAGUGUUCUGCACUGUUGAACUAAGUAACUGUGUGAAUCUGCAAAGGUCCGUAUGUUUAUCUUCCUCUUCCUAUAAAAUAAGAUACCGUUACAGUUUCAGAACUGAGCAUGGGACAUAGUCAGUGUUUGAAGUGCCAACUUCGUCGAGUAAUGCAUGCUUUAUUAUAAAUAAAAUCCUAGCUCGGAAAGGCAUUCUUAUGUGUGGACAGUAUGCUUCAGGGGUGAAUUUAAAAUAGUCUCUUGAAGCCCUGGUCUUGGAAGUAACUUUGAUUUUAAUUGACUUUAUCUUAUUAAAUGCCCUAUCCACCAUUAAAAAGAUUAUCAUCAGUGUGCAAAACGUUUUAAAAAAACAUAAUGGCAAUCUUGCUAGUUGUGCUACCUAACAGUACCAUCUUGGAUCCUUCAAAACCAAAGACUUGCCCCAGCACUACGGUGGAACCACCUGGCUGAUGCCCCUACCGAUUGUCUUUAGGAAAAGCAGUCCUUUAUUUGAAUACAGGCUUUAAUGAACGCUAUACCUGUGCAGUUCCAAAGGUCAAAAUGGAGGCAUUUGCUGUCUAGUAGUCCAACACAGAGCGGGAGCUGCUUCCAGGGCCCCCUGCGAAGGCCGGAAGCAGCCACGUGGACGGAGGGUGCUCUCGUGUAGCUGGUCAGGGACUUUCUUUUCUCCUGAACUACAUAAUCCUAAGUGGAAUGUUCAUUUGCCUCUUUUUCUUCUUUUCAACGCUUGUAGGCGUCUUGGGGUGUGCUAUUGUGCUGUUCCUACUCAGUAAACAGGUGUGAUGAGUUAACAAGAAAUAACACUGUUUGAGAACUAGCUUUGAAUAAUAAUUUUUCCCUUUGUACAUGACCUGCUGAAUUUCGGUACAGUGUUUUGUAGCUAACUUAUUUUGUCAUGCACAUAAUGUAUAUUUGUUAUGCACUACUUUUGUAUAUCUUGUUUUUCCAACAGUGAACAUUUUUAGGCACACUUUUCACUGACGGGAUAUCUCUUUAUGCAAUACCUCAAUUUUUCAUAUUGCAAAGAGUAGCUUUUUGUACUUUUAUUACUGAGAGAUCUUCAUAUACUUCAUUUUUUAAUAUAAAUAAUUUUAAUAAAUUUUAUUUUCUUAUAUUCUGCUUUUUAUACAUUUCAGUGCUCUGCAUACAUUUUGAAUUAUGGAUGUUGUGCACUGGCAAUGCUAUUUUAGAGUCUGCAGAAAAGAGAAAGCAUGUUGCUUAAACAUCCUUCCCAGCACCAGCUGUUGGUGGACCUAGAAUUUAAGAGAUAGUCUAUGUGAAGUCACAAAUUAAUGAAAAAAAUUCGCAUGAAAAUGACAGAUAACACUGUAGUUCCUAAAAAAAAAAUUAAAUGCAUAAGCAUAGGGUAGAAAUUUAAAAUGACAAAAUUGUCUACAGCUUCUUACUAAGUUUUUAAAAUUAUUCAUAACGCAGACAUUUUUUGGUGAAUGUUUAGCCAUUUUUAAUAUUAAUAAAUUGAUGUUAAGUGUUUGAUUCAGAGAUGUCUGCUCUUUUAAAUUAUAUAUAAAGGAAAAAACCAGCCUGCCGUGGGACAGGUGUGUAAUGUUAGUAUGCAUGACUAAUGUAAGAAAUCGCUAUUCUACUAAUAUUUACUUGUGAUUGUGUGACAAGUGUGUUUACAGAUUAUUUGGUUACACUUCAAUUUACAGGGCAUAAACAAUUAUUAUCUAUUACUCUGAACUUUAUCGAUUACAUGUCCUUCAGAUUACAUGGGAUUGUAGUUGGGAGUUACCAUGUAACUCAAAACAUAAUUAACAUGUAAUUAGUUUACAGAUUUUAGGGUAUCACUUCAAUUUACCAAGCAUGUAGUUCUAGCGCACUAGCAUGGCACCAGCCAUGUACUUACAAUGUAGUUACAGAGUAAUUACAUGGUUAUUUUUGCAAUGUAAAAUAAAGUGUUUCUGAUUAUUUUCUAUGUAAAGGAGCCCUCUCCCUCCUCCUUCUGGUCCCCACGCUUUGGUAUAAUAUAUAUACUUCUCCAUACACAGACCUCUGCAGAAUGCAAACUAAAACUUGCAGUGAAUGAAUUUAGCAUUUGAUGAGAGUGCUGUUGGAAAGACUUGAUAACUCACCCCUUUUGUUUUGAAGAGUUGAAUCUUCUGUUAAAAGGUGAUUUGAAACUUGAAUGUGAUGAAUUGUGGCAAGUUAACUUCAAGUUAUGUGCAAUACUUAUUUCAAACUUUUGAAAGAUCUUUGCAGUGUAAUUCUUUGUUUUUAAUUGCAGACAUUUAAAAAUGUCAUUUUCUACUGUUAAGAGUAAUCCUCUUUCUUGUUGGUGUUUCUAAAGAAAAGAAUCAGAAAUCAAUCUUUCUACUAAUGUAAAUUUGAGAUUAUUUUUAAAAAUGGAAUAAAAGAGGUUUUGGUCAUUUGCUUUAUUUUAUUAUCUUAUUUUAAAGCUACUGUGACUGAUAGCAUUGUAAGAAUUGGGACAAUAUUGUAUUCAACUGUUUUAUUUUUUAUAUUUUUAAAAUUUAAAGUAUAAUUAGUUUUUAUAAUUUUCAUCAGAUUUUUGUUAUAUUUUUUGGAAGUGAAACUUUUAGCAAGUGGGUGUCUAGUUUUUACUAAUCCCUAAUGUUUUUUUCCCCAGUGUAUUGCUCAUAUUAUCAGAAGGAAAAGUUAUUUAAGUAUGUCAGUUAAUUGUACUACUUGGCUGAAUUUCCAUAUAGUUUUUACUGUGUAUGGGGAGGUUGUAGUAUUUAUUAUAGCAUUUUAAAUAAGGGUAAUUCAUUUUUUAUUAAAGUCAUUUUCACGUUAAGUUCCUAUUUUUGUAUGUUCUACUCUUAAGUUAUAUAACACAGUUCCUUUUUAAAAAGAGUUCAUUUGUUGAAGUGCUAGUGGAAAAUUAAUGUUAUUAAAUAGUUUGCAAAUGACUAUUUAUACCAGUAUGCAUAUAAUUUUUAAAUAUUUGUAAUGUGAGAUGUUGAAUGAAUAAAACUUUUAACUCAG